UACAAAUAAAAUCACAUUUCAGUACAAAUAAAAUAUCACCAUAAGAGGUAGAGGUUAUUUUGGAAAGGAUUACAAAGUGAAUGAAUAGAAUAGAGGUAAAGACCCAUUCUGAUCACUAUUAUUAUUAUUUUCAGUCCUAGGAUUGUAUAUGCAAGCACUCUGUUGCCAAGCUAUAUUUCCAGCUCUUUUUUUGAGUUUUUAUUUUGAGAUAGUCUCACUAAGUUUCCUAGGCUUGCCAGGAAGUCUGUUGCACAGGUAGCCCUUGAACUUAAUCAUCCUGGCUAGUCUCCAGAGUAGCUGAUAUAAUAGGCCUGUGCCAUGAGGCUCUAUUAGACUUCCUUUUUUAAUUUAAUGUUGUUACUUGUUUUUUACUCUUUUCGGGGGCCCCUCCAACCAGUGCCUCAAUAAAUCACAUGCAGAUGCUUCUUCUUAAUUAUGAUUGCCCAGCCUUAGCUUGGCUUAGUUUCUAGACAGCUUUCCUUAACUUAAAUUAACCCAUCUAGCUUUUGCCUCUGGAUUUUUCCCAUUCUCUUCUAUAAAUCUUAAUCUUACUUUAUGACUUGCUGGUUAUGUAGCUGGGUAGCUUGCCCUUGAUGGACUCCUGUUCUCUAGCGCCUUCUCUAUAUGUUCUGUCUGCUGAGAUUUUCAUCUAUCUUUUCUGCUGCCUUGCUAUUGGCCAGUUCUUUAUUAGACCAGCAUGUAAUUUACACAGGACAGUAACAAAGCUUUACAGAAUUAAAGAAAUGCAACAUAAGCUAACACACCUCAAAGUAAUAUUCUACCAAAAUUUAAAAAAAAAUUCACACAAUAUAUUUUAGUCAUAUUUUCCUCUCCCCAAACUACUCCUAGAUACCCACUCAACUUCAGAUUCUUUCUGUUAAAAAUAAAAAAAAAAAAAAAUUACAUGGGGUCCAUUUUGUUUUAACCAGCUAUUCAUGAGCAUGUGGCUUGUCCUGGAGUGUGUUUAACAUAUUUUGUCUCUCUAUUGAAGGAAACUGGUUUUCUCCAUCCCAGAAGUUAAUGGAUGCACAUAGCUUCUUGGUUAGAUGAGGGACUUUGUGCCCACUUCCCAUUCUCUGUGCUGGGAUUUUUGUCUGGCUUGAAGUAGUACAGAUGUUGUGCAUGCUGUCAAAGUCUCUGGAAUUUCAAAUGUGCAUUAGCCCUAUUGUGUCUGAAAAAUGUUGUUUCCUUGGAGUUUUUUUUUUAUCACCUCUGGCUUUUAUAGUCUUUCUACUUUCACACACACACACACACACACACACACACACACACACACUUGAGGGGGUGGCUUUAAGGGGCUUUCCCUUUAGUACUGAGUGCUCCAAAAACUCUCACUCUCUGAAUGUUGUCCAGUUGUGGUUGUCUGUAUUAGAUAAUAUCUACUGCAAGAUGUCUCCUUUAUGAUGAGUGCUCAGUAAUGUGAUACUCUAUGGAUGUAACAAUAUGUAGUUAGGAGUCAUUUUAUUUCUAUGUUCAUUUGGCAGAAUAAUUAUAAUAAAUUUUCCCUUUAGGCCUCUGACCUAUCUAGUCUCAGGUUCUUGUCCUUAUUAGUGUGUCAGGUAUAGGUUCCAUCUUGUAGAGCUGGCCUUCAAUCCAAUUAAAAGGUGGUUGGUUACUCAUAUAGCAUUUGUGUCACUAUUGCACAGUCAGUGGGUGUAUCUUGCAGACAGGUUGCUCUUAUACCUCACAGGGUUGAAACCUGUGUGAGGCUGAUGAUUACUUUUCUUCUCUCCAGUAGUGUGUAUCAUAUCUUUCAACACUAUGAACUCUAGUUACCUGGAGUGAAGCUUCUAAUUGAGCAUGAGCUUCUGAGUACAUCUUUGGUUUCAUUUUCUUUUCAUUCAUCCCAUUCUGCUACCGAGGCCCCUAACAUACACUUUCUGAACUGAACUGUUCUCUUUCCUCUAAGUUUGACUUCCUAUUUGUUUUGCAGUUUGAGGCAUAUUUGAAUGUGAGCUGUGACACUGAAAGACUAUGUAUUGCUCUUGGCUAGAGAAAGAAUGUGAAAACAAUCUUGACCUUACUUUGCACACAAUUCUAUCACAAGUCUAUUUGGUUCCUAUGACCACAUUUUCUCAACAUUGUCCAGGUAGUGAUGUGUAGUAAAGUUGAUAAUAAAAGAUGAAAUGAAAGUAAAAAGAAUGUUCAUUCUGUUAACUAACGUCACAGUUUAGGCCCAGAGACAAGAGGACUAAUAGCUCUGAUGACCCGAAUUACUUAACCAUUUCCUUCUUCUCCAUUGCUAGAUCUCAGUUCAUGUACUAGUUUUAUCCUUUUUUAUGCCAUUGAAGAAUAAUAUUUCGGUUUCAGGCUUGACGUUGAAGAGGAUUUGGCACUAUUGAAUUUGUGUGCUGUGCAAGUCCUGCUGCAGGGACUGAGGGGAGAGUAUGUCCAGCUGGGAAGCCAGGACAUGAGUUAGAGCUCCAACAGGAGAUUCUUAGAGGUCAUGGCAUGAAUCUGAGAGGAUGAAGCCUGGAUCGCUUUUUAGAACAUGAGAUGCAUCACAGUCACAGUGAGGAGAUCCUGAGAGUUCUUUGCAUGAGGCUGUGAUGGUGAACUCGGGAUUGCCUUUUGAGACCACAAGAUGAGUGCAGUGACCUAUAAUGAUGUACAUGUGGACUUCAGUGUAGAAGAGUGGGCUUUGCUGGAUUCUUCCCAGAAGAAUCUAUACAAUGAUGUGAUGCUAGAGACCUACAGGAACCUCAGAGCUAUAGGCAACAGUUUGGAAGACCAUAAUAAUGAAAAACAUUGUCAAAGUUCUGGAAGACAUGGCAGGAAUGAAAGAAAUCAUACUGGAGAGAAACUCGCUGUAAAUACUCAAUGUGUUAAAACGUUUGCAUAUCACAAUCAUCUUCAAAUACAUAAAAGAACACAUACUGGAGAGAAACCUUGUGAAUGUAAUGAGUGUGGUAAAACCUUUGUAUGUCAAAAGAGUCUCCAAGUACAUAAAAGAACUCAUACUGGAGAGAAACCUUAUGAAUGUCAUCAAUGUGGUAAAGCUUUUGCCUAUCACAGUAGUCUCCAAAUACAUAAAAGAACACAUACUGGAGAGAAACCACACACAUGUAAUCAAUGUGAUAAAGCCUUUACAAAAUACAGUUAUCUCCAAAUACAUAAAAGAAGACAUACUGGAGAGAAACCUUAUGAGUGUAAUCAGUGUGAUAAAGCCUUCGCAUGUCGAAGGAAUCUCCAAAGACAUAAAAGAAAACAUCCUGGAGAGAUACCAUAUGAAUGAAAUUAGUGUGAUAAAACUUUGCAUAUCAAAGUAGUCUCCAGAUAUAUAAAAGAAGACAUACUGGAGAGAAACCCUAGGGAUGUAAUUAAUAUGGUAUAGACUUUGCAUAUCAGUACUCUUCAAAAUCAUAAGAAAAUAAUCAUACUGUCGAGAAAUCCUAUAAAUGUAAUCAGUGUGGCAAACUUUUGCAAUUCAUGGUAGUCUUCAUACACGAGGAAAACUUUUAGUGUGUAAUUGAGCUGUUAAAUCCUGUGCAUAUAACAUUAGUCUGUGACAUUCUGAAAAAAAAAUGAAUACUGUAGGAAAUCUGACUAUAAAGGAUUUGGUAAGAUCAUUAGCCAACAUAUGUACAUUUAGUUACACGAGAUUAUUCUGGAGGAAAAAAAUCUAGCAAGUGUCAACAAUCUCUUCAGUCAUUAUGAUGUCUUUAUUUUGUUUGUACCUGCAAUCUCACAUAGACAAAAGGCCUAUGAAUUUAAACUAUUAAACAACAUUUAGAUUUCUUCUCUUCAAUCGCAGAAAAGAAAUCUAUGAGUAAAACUUUAUGGGUAUGUAUUAGUGCAUUUUCUGUUGCUGUAAUAAAACAUAAUGCCUAAGUCAACUUAUGAAAGAAUUUAAUUGGCCCUUGGUUCCUGAGAGAUACUGGAUCACAAUGAAAGUGGCAUGGCAACAAUUGUCAGAAAGGGCAGCUAAAGCAAGAAGCUAAGAACUUACAUCCUCGAUUUGCACCACAAAGUAGAGAGUGGGAACUGGAAAUGGUGUAUGGAUGAAAACUCUCAGGCCCACCCCUACUGACAUACUUCAUAAGCAUGGCAGCAUUUCCUAAAUCUUCUGAAAUGAUACCACCAACUGAGAAGGAUUGAUUUCUCUGACUUCAAGCCUACAUGCUAGUUUUCUGUUAUAUGAACCACUUCACAGUGAAGAAAAUCUCUGUAAGCCUUUUAAAUGUUUCAAGAUUUGUUUUAUUAGAAUGAAUUCUUACAAGAGAAAAGCAUUCAUGAGGAAAAUUUGUUUACAGAUUUUAACUAUGUGAUGUCAGUGUGUCUUUGUGUGAUGAUUAUGUGCAUGUGCAUUCUGAUCCCCAAGAAGGUUAGACCCUUGGAGCUUAUUGUAGCAUGAAUUACAGGAAGUUGUCAAAAACCUAACUUUGGUCCUAGGAAUGAACUUGUCUUAAUUGUUCAGCCAUGUCUCCAGGCCUGUAAAUAUUUUAAAACCUUUUACUACCAUCUUGAUAUCAAGAAAUAGGGAAGAACUGAUACAAGAGGAAACCCUAUUCAUGUAUAUGAUUUUGUAAGAACUUACACACCACAGUUGUCUUCAGUUUUUAAAAAAAAGGACUUCCUUCAUCUCUUUAACCUCAUAGCCUUGAAGGAAUCAAAUUACCAUGUUCACACAAGACCGAUGUUGGAGAUUAGUGCAUUGUGGUUCUAUUUUGCAACAUUUGAGGUAGUUAUUAAAGUGUGCUAUGUUUUACAAAUCUAUGUAGUCAAAUUCAAUUUGUGAUCCUUAUAUUCUUCUGUGGCCGUUGUUCAUCCUCGAUUGUGCUUUCACUUCUAGAUAGAUAUUUUUCUGUUGCAAUGUAUAAUAGAAUAGGAUGCCCAUCAUCUAAGUAGUCCAUUGUUUAUUUAAGCAUCAGGGAAUGGUGAUCAUACUUUUCAAGUAAGGGUGUCUGUGAAAGGGUGGUGGGUUUUAUUCUUGGUUUUCGUUUUCAUAUUUUCACAAAUUACCUUAAGAUGUUGUUUGUUAUUCAGCCUAGGUUGGAUGUUAGUAAUUUGUCUGGAAUACAUUUGAACUCAUGAUUCUCAUGUUUCAGUCUCCAGUGUAAAAUUCCAAGGGUAGGUGAUACACCCCUAACAUUUGCUAUUUUUUCAACAUGUUUUAAAAUGUUAAUUUUAAAUUGAUUAAUAGAGGAGAAUAUAAGAAACAUUACCUCAUGUGUACAUCCAAAGCUGCACUUUCAUCUCUGGAAGAGAUGUAAUGAGGUAAAAUGAUCAGCAAUCAGCUGUACAUUUGCCAUCUGUUUUCCUCUUUUCUCUGCUUAUUAGCUUUAUACUAUUUUUCAUUACACAUGAUUCAGUAUCUUUUUAUACAAGUGUAAAGUAAGAAAUGCAUUAUCCUUUUUACUGUUUUUACAAUGGUGGCUAAAAUGUCACAAAUAAGAACUAUGUACACUAACAUUAUCUUGAUUUAGGACCUCUGCCACUGAAUAAGCCAGGGCUUAUGAUGUUGCUCUGAGAUACCUCUUUUUAAAAUUGUCUCAUUGUGUUGUUUAAGUGGUUUCUGUAUUAUUAAUGAAUUAAUGUUGUAUUCAUUGUAAAAUAGCGAUAGAUCCCAAAAAAACUAUAGUGUAUUAGUUUGGAUUUUAAAAUAGUUGAGCUUAGAGAAGCUUAACAAUGGUAAUCUGAAUAUCAGCUUAAAUUUCACCAGGAAGCAGCAUGCAUUAUUCUGGUGUGCUAUUUAAUAAUUAUACCAGGAAUAGGUAAAUCUGGAGGGUGACAAAUAAUUGUUAUCGAUGACCUCCUCUGAAGAAACCAUUGUAACAAGUUUUAGCUGACAGCAGACCCUAGGACCACCAACAGUGUUAAUGGAUGCUGCUAAUUUUGACAGUUUAAUAGAGAAAAUCAUGAUUUAUCCCAUCACCUUGAUACAUUAUCUGCAGAUAGGAUAGCUAAUUCUCAUCUCUGUUGUACUUUUCUUGAGUAGUUGAUCUUAUUUGAUUUCUUACAGUGCUUAUUUUAUGUGGCUUCAGCUCUGUCAGUUCAUUUAGAUUGUUUCAAAGCUCCACACCAACACUUAGGAUUUAAAAUGGCAGAGUAAAAAUAUUUGUACUCUAUUCUGUCUGAAGUUACCCUCAUACAACACAAUACAGAUUCCCAUAGACAAAUAUUGCUGUAACUCCAAACUGAAAUAUUUGAAAAAUGGUUACCACAUGUAAAAAGAAUAUCCUUGUAGAAAGAGAUCUCUGAACUGACAGAACAAAGACAUGGCUCUUCUGUUUGCAGUAGGUCACGAUAUAUAGGGAGGAAUGGGAGCAUCCAUAGAUGUUUGGCAGCAUGAAAGAGCAAGAAGAAAGCAAAUAACGAAUACACAAGUGCAUUAUUCUUACAGCAGGAAAGCAGAGGGAGAGAUUGCCACAGACUCUUUGGUACUUGUUUUUCACGAAGGAGUAAUUUUUUAACUUUUUCCAAUAUCUAAUAUGUAUUCUCCAUUUUUCUCACAAGCACACAUGUAUAAACUGUUCUGUCAGAACGAACUUCCAUCUAGUCUAGAAUGCAAUACUAUUCUCUCCUACCCCAGUAUUCCUAAGAAUAUCUGGUCUUGGGGUGCUCAGGCCAUUCAAAGGUAAGUAAUGAAAAGGAAAUGAGCAUGGCCCAUGAAAAAUGCUACAACAAGAAGAAAAUAAACCACUGGUGACUAACUGGUAGUCCAGCGUUGAUGAAAUGAGAUCCUUCCCUUUGGUGACCUCAGGUUUUUCUUAGGAAAGUUUUCACUUGGAGACUAUUUUUAGUUCAGUAGUUUAUAUUUCCUGGAACUAUGUGCUGCAAUCCAUAGGAAAAUGUAAUGGAAUUCAGCUACUAUCUCAAAAGCUACUAUUUGGAAAGGUCAAGGUCUUUUCUGAAGGUCAAGCCAUGGCUUGACAUGUCUUGGUGAUAUUUUAGCUUUUGUAUAUAUAUUAUCCAAUUCCUGCAAUGAUUUCCUUAUAUGAUAUAUAUGCUUUCAAGAAUUCAUAACAGUGUAUUUUAUCGGAAAUGCUUAUCAAGUUCCAAGGCCAAAGGAUCUCCUGAAUUAAGGCAAAUUAAGCUUGGACCCUCCUUUCCUAUACAGCCUUGGUGGUAUUUAUACUAACAUUAUAGACUCCUAACAUUUACCUAACCACCUAUAGGAAUGUACUUUGGCACAUAAAUUUUUUUUCUGAUAUAUUAACCAAUAUUAGCUCUUAGUUGACCUCCUUUACCUCUUCCCUUUUGGGUUGUAAAAGAAAGCCUGAUGGUCAUUGCCUGAGGAAAACUCUUG